AGCCGCACCCUGGGCACGAAGCAGCUGCUCCUGUCUCUGCCCUACGGAGGAGUGCCUAGCUCUAUUGUGCUCCGCUACAACUCUGGAGCUGAUGAGAUCACCAAGUGAAAUAGCAUAGAAGAAGAAGAAGAGAAGAGAACCCAGGACAAAAGCUUUGUGGGACAUCCAAGAUUAGUGGGCAUGACCUGGAUGAGGAUCCAGCAAAGGAGACCGAGAAGCAGCAGACAGACAGGGGGACUUACUAGAACCCAGGAACGAACACUGAUUGCAGUAAAACCAGAUGGUGUUCAGAGGAGGCUGGUUGGAGAUGUCAUCAGGCGCUUUGAAAGACGAGGGUUCAAAUUGGUGGGCAUGAAGCUGCUACAGGCCCCAGAGAAAGUCCUUGCUGAGCAUUACCACGACCUAAAGAAGAAACCCUUUUAUCCAAACUUGAUCAACUAUAUGAGCUCCGGUCCUGUGGUUGCUAUGGUCUGGGAAGGGUACAAUGUGGUUCGUACCUCUCGGGCCAUGGUAGGAGACACUGAUUCGGCAGAAGCUGCCCCGGGGACAAUUCGGGGAGACUUCAGCGUUCACAUCAGCAGAAACGUUGUCCAUGCGAGCGACUCAGUGGAAGUGGCCCAGAGAGAGAUCAGCCUGUGGUUCCAUAGCAGUGAGCUGGUAGACUGGGAUUGUGGCAGUCACAGCAGCCUGUACCACGUGUGAGGGAGGCUCUCACUCUCAGCCCACCCCCCGCCCGCACGGACUAAGGACCCAGGAGUAACUACCUCUGCCAAUGAGAAUGCUAUGCUCUUCCCUUCCUUCCUGUCCAAGCUACGGGCCACCCCCCAUCCUAACUCCUGUCCGCCGCAGAGACCUCUCUGAUGCCAAAUUACGUGCCUUUUCACUCCACGCCCUGAGCCAUCGCAGGACUGAGUCCAAUCCUUCCCUCGACCACAGUGCCAGUUAACCUUGAGGGUGAUUGCUUGUAACCAGAGAUAAUGAUGAUUAUUAAAGGAGACACAUUAAAAUUCAA